AUGCCUGUUGAGACGGAUUUAAAGGAUGCAUACCAGCUGCUGUACGAUAAGCAUGAACCCCUGAAGGCUCUACAGAGGUACGACGGUAUUCUAAAGCAGUACCCUGAGAAUCUGGUGGCAACUAUAUAUAAGGCAGCUGCGCUUGAGAAACUCUAUUUUGGAUCUUCUGAUUGGCACAAUGGGCAGACUUUGGAAAAUUCAAGAGAUCUUUUGGGGAAUGCCCUGAUCUUGGCUCAGAAAAGGGGAGACAGGUCCAAGAUUGCAUUGGUAUAUUUUCGUCAUUUCAUUCACAAUUUCAAUUCUAAAAAAUAUGCAGAAGCACAAACAUAUAUGGCUAAAUGUAAGGAAUAUGGAUAUCAGGAUGAUACUCUCCCUAUGUGGGAGUAUCAAUUACAAAGGAAAUUGGAUAAAUUAGCUCAGAAGGGUGUUAAAGUUGAACCCGCCAAGACGAUUACUACUCCUGUAGAAGAGCCUAAGGAUUCAAAACAGACUACUGAAAAAGAGAACACUUCGACAUCCUUUGCCACAGCAUCGACCCCCAAAUUUAGAACUGAUUGGUACCAAACUUCCAACACGGUGGUUCUUUCUAUAUUCACCGCUAAUCUCCCAAAAAAUAAGGAAUGCGUAACACUCCAAGUGUCCAAGAAAAAUAAAAGGGAUUUGGAAAUGACUUAUCCUAUCCCUGAUGCUUCAUCUGAAUUUCAGUACAAUUUGAGCUUGUCUCACGAAGUAGAUCCAGAAAACAUUCAAUUAAACAUAUUUACCAAAAAAAUGGAAAUCACUCUGGCGAAGUUAACUAAAGUCAACUGGAGAACUCUGGAAUAUACUAAUGAAUCUGAAAACGUUUCCACUUUCCAGCAACCAAAGAUUGGAAGUAAAGGCACUAGUCCGAGUGGGUCUUUGGGUUACCCAACGUCUUCUAAGAAAAGUAUCGAUUGGUCUAAAGUGGAUCUAAGUGAUGAUGAAGAUGAGAAUUCAGGUACCCCUGAUGCAUUCUUCCAAAAGUUAUACGCGGAUGCGGAUCCUGACACUAAACGUGCCAUGAUGAAAUCUUACAUGGAGAGUAACGGUACCGCUCUCAAUACGAAUUGGGAAGACGUUUCCCAGGCACCAGUAGAAACUUCACCUCCAGAAGGUAUGGAACUAAAACACUGGUAA